GUCAGGCUGAGGGUGGCACGUUGCUGUUGUUCAUUUAACGCCACAGCUUUGCUCGUAUGUCAACACACAUGGCUGCUGCGUCCGCGGCGAACAGUCCGAGCGGCGGACAAACGGCUUCGCUCGGCGGCCACAAAUGUGCCGCGAAGGAUGACUGUCUGCCGAUAAUAAAGCCCACCAUCACGGAGCUAACUAAAGAAGUCAGGACGAACAUCCUGUGCACGGUGGAGGGAUGUGGCAAGAUUCUCCGCAACACACCUGCCCUUAACAUGCACCUGGUCAAAUCACACAGAGUAAAGGAUGGCAUUAUCAAUCCCACUGUCAGAAAGGACAUGAAGGCCUCUCAGAAGCUUUACUGCUGUCCCAUUGAGGGUUGUCCCAGAGGGCCUUUUCGACCUUUCUCCCAGUUCUCCCUCGUUAAACAACACUUUAUGAAGAUGCAUGCAGAGAAGAAACACAAGUGCUCCAAGUGCAGUAAUGGUUACAGCACAGAGUGGGACCUGAGGAGGCACAUAGAGGAUUGUGGGAAGACCUAUCGCUGCACAUGUGGCUGUCCCUAUGCCAGCAGGGUGGCACUACUGUCACAUAUCUACAGAACAGGGCAUCAAAUUCCAACUGAACACAGUAUUCCUCCAGUAAAAAAGCGCAAGAUGGGGAAACCUAAUGGUUCAGAUGUGGCUAACACUGAGUCAGCCUGUCAGGUCAUGACUGCCACUAACGAGCACUCUGAGAAUGGUUUGCCUUUUGAUGUAGCUGUUCACCUCCCAGACUCUGUGAAUCAUAGCUCCAAUGGUCGUAAAAGCUGCCAGAAGUUGCUUCUACCCAAGCCCAGGAUGGCUUUGGUCAGUGUUCCAGUGAUGCAGGUGGCCCACCUUCCUGUUCUCCUUCCAUCUGCCGAAAGUGGCACGUUGAGAUCUGUCGUGCUGGCAGUAGAUGGUCACUGUUCUGUCAGCACCCUUCAGCUAUUGCCGCAAGCUGUGGCAGCUGUGGUACCCCAACAUGAUGGUAAGAGUCUGGGUUUCAAAGACUGCAUGCCUACCUCCCGUUCUAGUCUGGGAUCUGUCAACACCGGAGUGCAGGUUUGUCUGCAGACUGCUGGUCCAGAGAAUUCAGCCUUCUGCCUGGGAGGACAGCGAGGAAGGAGCACCUCCACCAACAUCCAAACGGACAAAUCGUAUUUGUCAAGAAUGCCUACAGUGGUGGGAGUUGGGGAGGGGUUAGCGUUGUGUCCAGUGGGUGAAUCCUUAGUGUCUUCCUGCUCCCAAACAGAUAUCAGUGUGAGUGCCCAAGUCAUUCUGCCAGUCAGUGUUGAAACCCAGACAUUCUUCUCCCGAGCCAAAGCCACAUCUACUAUUGGAGCUCAGACAGACAGCCGACAUGCGAGCCACAUUGCUAGCUCAUCUUCAAUUAUCCCUCCAUAUAAAACCAGGCAGACGCAAACGUACUGUGUCAUGCAGACUUCAGAGGAGAAGGCCGUGUGUUCGGACCUAUUCGGUAGUGAUUCCCUCACAGUCCCCACCCAGACAGCAGGUCUGGCCAUGGACGGAUCUCUCACUGCUGUUGGAAGUAACAUCUAUGACAGCUCCAAGUCAGUGGGUGGCAUGUGUUUUGGGGUGCAAACAGAUGAGCUCAACUCUACUAACGUGGCAGACAACCAGACCCAAACCAUGACAUUGUUAAAUGACCUAGAAAACAUUCUGUCUGAAGAUAUGUCAGGCCACCAGGUGCUUGCUGAGACUUCUGUGGGCUGUGGGUCAGGUCUGGGCUCUGUUCAGGAGCAGAACCAUGGCAUUGACUUUGACUUUGAAGAGUUCCUCAGUGCCGUGCACAUCCAAACACAGACAGAGGAGAGUGAGCUCAGGGGAGUGGGUGGUGACACGCCACUGGAGUCUCUGGACAUUCAGACUCAGACAGACUUCCUCUUGAUGGAGGAGCUGGAACAAAAUGAGGGAACAAGUCGCGCCCAAGCCAGUGACCUAGAACUAGAGAUGUUUGAUACUCAUACUCAGACUGACCUCAACUUCCUGCUGAAUGCUGGUAGCCACAUGCCCCUGAGCAGCAUCUUGCACCAUUCCAGCUUUUCCAUGAGCACGGAGUCGUCAGAUACAGAAACACAGACAGAUGUUCCUUCACUUGCUGCAGGCCUUUCUGCUCAGACCCCAAUGGCUGCAGGGGAACACACCAGGCUACUGAACAGCACUGAGACUCAGACUAUGACAAGCCAGGGGGAAGGCCUGGGACACCUCUUCCUGACCAGUAAUGAAACACAGACGGUCUUGGACGACUUCUUGUCAGCAGACCUGGCAUGGAAUAUGGAGUCGCACUUCAGCUCUGUGGAAACGCAGACAUGCGAGGAGCUCUGUGCUCUUUUCCAGCACCCAGAGAAACCAAACAGCUGAAGUCCUCUGAUUGAAACUGCCUGACCCUUUGCCAUGCAGGUUUUUGAAGUCUGCCUCACAUUAUAAGGAGGAAUCGGUCUAAGAUGUCCUCUUACAGCUCACAGUCUCAGCUGUGAGCAGUCUGCAAGUCUCCAAACAUUCCACUAGGGGCACCCUGAUCAGAUCAUACACCCUGACACUCCUCUGCUCUUUGAGCUUAGCUGUCAGCUGACAUUUAUUUGCACACUAAUAAGGUAUACACUGUGUCUGGUUGUCACUGUUUGGUCUUAUACAUGAUGUGACCUUGAAAACAAAUAAUGACAAAAAUAGUUUGAUUUGCAUUAAGACAGCGUGGCACUUCUGUCAACCGACAAGGAUCAGAUAAUCAAAACAUCAGUGAUGCUAGCUGUAGGUGGCAUUCCAUGCAGAAUUUAUGUACUUGAUAAUUGGAUAUUUACAUAGUGCAUGAAAAAAAUUACAGUGUGGGGGUGGGGUUAAACAUCAGCAAAGUUUUGGAAAUAUGGAUAAAGCCAAAGCCUGGUCAUCAGCAAAAAAUAAGUGUACAACAGAAAUAAUUCUUUUUUGCAGGCAAUUACACGCUUUAUCCGUGAGAUGGAUUGAUUUAUGUUGGGAGUGAAACCCUGUCGCAGGACCACAUACAGACAAAUACAGUCACACCCCCACUCACACCUACAAAUAAUUUAAAGUUUCCAAUCCUAACCUGCAUGUCUUUGGAUGUGGAAGGAAGUCGGAGCACCCGGAGGGAACCCACACAAACACUGGGAGAACAUGCAAACUCCACACAAAGGCCACAGGUGGGAAUUGAACCCAUGACUUUCUUGCUGUGAGGCACCAGUGCGAUCCACUAAUCCACUGUGCUGGCCUGCACAAUGGCUGUGAAAGUCAAAUAUUUAGAAUUUCAGUUGUCAAGUAUUAAAUUGUGAUGUUGUGUAUUGACACUAGUUUAGGCCACCAUAGCUAUGCAUAAACUUUUGUCCGUUAGCUUGGCUGCUGUUGUCUUUGACUUACUAACUGGAUGUAAAUGUACGCAGACGUCCAGGAACGACUGUGUAAAUAAUUGUGUAGUGGACAGAUGAGCUGCUGCUUUGGCACAGAAUUAUUCCGUGUUCACCUGCUUGUGACAGCAGGAGAUCUGAUGUGUAUCCCCUUAACUUUAGAGGCUACAGUGUAAAAUUAAUCUCUUGUACAGCAGCUACAUUUAGUGUGUUUGAACAAUACUGAGUUACCUCAUUUGCACAGGCACGCCAUGCAGACUGUGUUCACUUCAGGAGCACAGUGGUUAUGGACCUUGAUUAUUUAUGAUUUAUUUUCCUGUGUUGGUGCCUUAACCCAUUACCUUUGCUCGUUUACAAGUAGAAUUUGGUAUUUUAAGAAUAACAUGGACAAGUUCCACGAGUUUGUUUUGGAAGUUGGCCCAACAUCUCAAGAAUCUUAAGGCCUUUGCAUGUUUAUGCCACUCUGUAUCUGUUAGUCAUUGUUGCAUGAAAUAUUUAAAUGCUGUUAACUGUUCAGCUGUAAAAUCUGUUGGGGGGGGGGGGGGGGGGAGGCGAUGCCUGACACAUAAAAGUAAAAAUGCUAUGCAGCAUUUAUUGAAGAGAACUUGUUUGAAGUUAUCUUGUGACUUUGAGUUGUUAAUGUUGCAUAACUAGACAUAGAAUUUGAAUGUAUAAUACAUGUGACUGACCCAAGUGUAACUGAAUUUUGCACCACAUUCAAAUGUUUCAUUGCUUUCCCUGUUGUAAAGGUUUGUGCUCUGAUUUCUGUGUUUAUUGCACUGUAAUUACUACUUAUUGUUUGUGGUGCCUGAAUUUAAAUUAAUCUUCCAAGUUAAAGGCACAAAGAAAAGGCCUUGGUUAAAAGGAAGCUAUGUUAUGUAGAAAUGCCUUCUUGGACUCGAAUGUUAUUGCUUUUGCUUUUUUUUUUUUUUUUUUUUCCCGGCGGGAUGCAGCUCAUACAUCCCCCCUUCCAGCACAAAAAUGUUUCAGUAGAAUUACUUGAGUUGCCUCUGUGUGAAGUUGCCUUGAUUAUUGUUGAAGCCACAUUGCAAAUGUAAUAAAUAUACUGCUGGAAAGUGC